GAAUCUACACCACCAAGGAGGCGGUGAAACGGAACUCCUCCUGCGGGAAGUGUGGUUGCGACAGUGAGAACUUGGUGCUGAAACACUCAUUCGCAAACAUCAGGAUCACCAGCCCUGACGUCUCCAGCAUAUGCCCUUGCCCUUCUAAUUGUAUGCCAGACAAAGACAAACUCCAGAACAACAUCAAGGUGACCAUAGAGCACGUGUACGCCAUAGAGUCCGAUUCAGACUUCUCCGAUGACUCGUUGUAUACGGUGUCAGAGACAAGCAGGCUGACUGCAAGCGAACCGGUGUUGCCACGGUCUAUGGAUUCUUUGACCGUGAAUGAGUUGUCUAUGACUGAAGAGAGGGGGAUAAACAAAAAUUAAG